GUUUUGAUUACCUUGUACUGGCUGGGCAGGAAAGCAGCCCGCAGCCCUUCUUAUCAUGGACCCCACCUGGAUUUGAAAGCUUUUGAGAAAUUGCUUGGACAAGCUUUGACCAAGGCCCUCGGGGAAUCCUACAGCCCCAAACAAAGUGGAAGGGACAGCGGAUACGGGGAUUUUUGGUGCACUGAACGCAUUGAUCCUCUUUCAUUGUCCACUAGCCACAAGCGGGACGAUUCCUUAGACAGCUUGGAUUCUUUUGGCUCCAGAUCUUCUACCAGCUUCUCUUCGGAUCUCACUCUAAAAGGCGGCAGUGAAGAUUUUGAGAGUGACACCGAUUCUGAAACCCGCGCCAGAAUGCAUGACCCCGGGAAAGACGACAUGUCCUAUCGCCGAGUUGCCUUAAUUGAACCCAAGCCGGCUGCAGAAUUCAACCGCUUCCUGCCCAACAAAACCAAGGCACCAACUUACAUGCCAGCGCCCUUAAGAAAGAAGAGAAUCGAGAAGAACGAGGAUAACAGAAGAAGCUGGGCGAGUCCUGUCUUUACUGAACCGGAUGGAAAUUUUUCGAGGAUUUGGCGAAAUGGAAAAGUAGGCGCAGGAGUCACACCUCUGAUCUGCAAAGGAAAAAGGAGGAGAGAGAAGAAAUUGAGCGGAAGAGUUCGGAAAGCUCAGAACGGCGCAGCAAAACCCUGAGAGAAAUGCAGAGAGACAGAGAGAGGCGAGAUCAAGCUCCUCUGAGGAAUUCUUGGCAGGAGACGGAACAAAUGUAUUUCUCGAACGAUGACGUCUUUCGGGAAGAGAAAGCGUCUCCCAAAGUUUGCAUUCCAACCGAGGCAAAUGGAGGCUUGAAAAGGGAAGACGACCAGGAGCCGAGGAACCGGAAAUCGGAGCGUGGGGUGAAGGAUGAGUCUCUCACCUCCGUAGACAGCCUGGACGGAGAAAGAACGGAGUCCCCUUUGCCCAGUUCCCAGUCCACCAAUGCCCAAACUGGAUCUGGCCGCGUUUCAGCCUCCCUAUCGAGGAGUUAUCAGAAGACGGACACAGCCAGGUUGACAUCGGUGGUCACCCCGAGGCCGUUUGGAGCCCCUAUGAGAGGAAUCUCCUCGCUUCCCAGGUCCUUUACGAUUGGGGCAAAGACCAGCCUUUCCCGCCAUUUGCAAGGCACAAAAUCCUCAAUCUUACCAGUAUGGCUACCAACAUUAUAGGUACCCCUGAAAACAAAUGGAUUGAUGCCACAUCAGGAGACCGCACUUCGACACAAAGUCAACAGACGUCCGAAAAGGAGGUGCACAGCCAUUUGAAGAAUGAUGGUUCUGAAACAAAAGUCAAUGGAAUGCAAAAUGACACAAGCUCCUAUGAACGAAAAGGAGGCCAGGAACCAGCAAUACUUGACCUCCCUGUCCCACCCAUUACGCCUUCCAGCCGCUGGAAUUGGGAUCAAGAGGAAGAAAGGAAAAAGCAAGAGAGAUGGCAAGCGGAGCAGGAGCGCUUACUCCAGGAGCAGUAUAAGCGUGAGCAAGAGAGGCUUAAGGAAGAGUGGCGGAAAGCCCAGCAGGAGGCGCAAAAGGACAUCCCCAGUUACUUAAAGGAGGAACAGACUAACCUGACAUCCCCUGCUAUGACUGGGAGUUUACAGGAGGCCCCAACUUCUUUGUGGGAAAGAAAUGGAAGUAACAGGACUGCUUAUCUUAGUUCUGAAAGAAAUUGGGAAGUGGAAAGCAAGCCGGAGAAUCAGGGGAAAGAUGGUGAGCUAGUGAGAAGCAGCUUACAACAACAAGGAGUGUUACAGGUGGAGCAAAAGAAAAAGUUACAAGAAAUAGAAAAUGGGAAGGAAUGGAAUGGACAAGACACAGUGUACUAUGCAAAGGAACCAAGUUAUCCAGAAGAAGUACCUCAAAAACCACAGGAAGAACCUGUCAAGGAAUCAAGGCAUUGGGAAGAAACAUCUCAAAAUCUUCUGAUGGACCCAAUUAAAGAACCAGAACAUGGUGAAGAAAUAUCUCAGAAUCUGCUUUUUGAACCCAUCAAAGAUCAAGGGUAUCAGGAAGAGACAUCUCAAAAGUUAGUGCUGGAACAACUCAAGGAACCAAAGUUUUGGGAAGAAAUAUCAUACAAAACUCACGUAGAAACAAUCAAGGAUUUAAGAUACCAGGAAGAAACAUCUCCAAACCUGCUGAUGGACCCUAUCAAGGAACCAAGGCAUCAGGAAGAAGCAUCUCGGGACCUGCUGAUGGAACCUAUCAAAGAACCAAGGUAUUGGGAAGAAGCAUCUAAGGACCUGCUGAUGGAACCUAUCAAGGAACCAAGGUAUCGAGAAGAAGCAUCUCGGGACCUUCUGAUGGAACCUAUCAAGGAACCAAGAUAUUGGGAAGAAGCAUCUAAGGACCUGCUGAUGGAACCUAUCAAGGAACCAAGGUAUCAGAAAGAAGCAUCUCAGGACUUUCUGAUAGAACCAAUCAAGGAACCAAGGUAUCAUGAUGAAGCAUCUCAAAAGCUGUUAAUAGAACCUAUCAAGGAACCAAGGUAUCGGGAAGAAGCAUCUCGGGACCUUCUGAUGGAACCAAUCAAGGAACCAAGGUAUUGGGAAGAAACAUCUAAGGACCUGCUGAUGGAACCAAUCAAGGAACCAAGAUACCAGGAAGAAGCAACUCAAAAGCUGUUAGUGGAACCUAUCAAGGAACCAAGAUACCGUGAAGAAGCAUCUCAAAAGCUGCUGGUGGAACCAGUCAAGGAGGUUUCCAUGCAAAGAUUUCAGUAUCAAAGACAUUAUGAAUCACCAAGAGUCUCCAAUGAGCAAGGAAAUCACUUCAAUGUCGACAGAAAUAAAUCCAGAUCAACGACUGAUUUAGACAAUCCUCAGACUAGUGGGCUGAAGAAGAAGUUCUCUGAGCAAUCUUGGAAUACCACCAACUCGCUGAAAAGAUCUCAGAAGGAACAGGGCUUGUCAGCUGCUGAGUUGGAAAGGCAGCAGAUUCUUCAGGAAAUGAAGAAAAGGACCUCCCUGCACACGGACAGCAGCUGGAUCCGGCAACGCAAUGCCAGCGUUCACAAAGAGCCCUUCAGUCUGACCGGCACUAGAAUGAGGAGAGGUGAGAGCUUGGAUAAUCUUGACUCUUCAAGAACAAACUCCUGGAGACCUCAUUCCUGGAUGAACCAGUCUGCAUCUUCCACAUCUUUGUCGAGCAGCCAAGAGUUUGGCCAGCAUAUUCCUCCAGUGGUGUCCACCUCCAAUCGGGCCUACAUGCGCACCCCAUCUUCCAGUCUUCCCUCUCCUUCCUCUGCAUCUAUGACAACAUCUUCCUUGCCCCAUAUCCCCCCAUCACCUUCUGUUCCUCAAGCUCCGUCGCCAACCUCUUCUCAGUCUGGGACGCAACAGCGCAACAGGUAUAAGAAGCAUCUACUGAAUUCUUUUUGUUUCUCCCUCAUUUUGGGGGGAUGA